AAAUGUGAAAAUUUGUGAAAUUAUUAAAUAUUUCUGAACGUUAUAUUUUUAGUCUUUUGCGAAAGGGCUGUAGAGUUUGAGCAACUUAAACUAAUAAACUUUAUCUAAUUGUUCAAUUUAAUGAAAAAAAAGAAUUUAAUUUUGCACCAAUAUUGUAAAAUCAAUAAUAAACUACACUACUGUCAGCUUAAGUAACUUUUGACAGAUAGACUUAUUCCGGACACCAUUUAAACAGGUCACAUAAUAUCUUCAGUAAUAAUAAGUUUCAACUAAAAUUGUACAUCACAACAGCAUCAUGAUCAGAACAGUGACUCUCUGCCUACUAUUUACACAGAUCAGUUGCCAACAAGAGAGUUUUAAUCUAUCUGACAUAUUGAAAAUGGAAGAAACUUUUAAAGAUUCUAUAGAAUUCGUAAAGAAUAAAGUUACAGAUAAACGCGGGGUACUUUUUAUUGGCAUUGCUAAAGCUGGCAAAAGUACAUUAAUGAAUUAUGUAAUUGGUAAAAAAUUAAAGGCUGUAAGAACGCAUAAGUACGAAAAAAUAAUGAUUACACAGGAAAGCGAAGGAGACGAAGCUCCGGAAAUUGGUAACAAAUCUACAUCAUUAACCACAAUUCCAACAAAGUGGAAAUCGAACAAAAUUCCCGAUUUUACUCUGUGGGAUUGUCCUGGAUUUAGUGAUAAUAGAGAAUUAAUACAAGACGUUACUAAUGCCUUGUAUAUCUAUCAAUUGAUAAAAAGUAUUGAUGAACUAAAAUUUACGUUGGUUAUUAGUUAUGAUGCCUUUAAAGAUGAUAACAUUCAACCUUUUCUAACACUUUUAACCCAUCUUGCAACAUUGUUUGGUAAUAACUUUGAAAAUAUUUAUGACAGCAUAUCAGUCAUUUUCACAAAAGUGCCGUUCUCUGAAAAUAAGGAAGUCGUUGAUAAUGAAUAUAUUAACAGCAAAUUGCGGGAAAAAGUUGUAUUAACAACUAAACUAAAAAUGGCUGAAAGUUCUCGAAAUUUCGUCAAUUAUAUAACAAAUAAUGAAGAUAAUAUUGCCAUAUUUAGAAGACCAAAAAGAGAAGGCAAACUAACUUCUUGUAUCAAUGAUAACAUAAUGCCGGCAAUUAGAAAAACAAAGAAAAUUAACAACACCUUAAUCCAAGAUGUAAAACCAAGCUUUUCUGAUACAUCUUCUUUGUACUUGCUCGCAGGCCGGUCACAAUUACUGGACAUAAAAUUAUUUGAAAGCUUGCAACAUGUUAUGUCAAAUGUUCUACAGUCUCAUAAAGAAGUUGUUGAUAAAGUAAAGACUUCUGAAGAAGCAGUUAAUUUAAUGAGUGGUUUGAGAAACGAGAUUAUAAGUUAUAUAAACAAACUUAGAUCGUAUAAGCUUAGUAAGAAUUAUGCAUUUGAUAAUAUAGCAUGGCUUCAAGAACUGCACCGUGAUUUCAAAGAAUUCAUAGAUAGCAAUGAUCUGCUAGAAAGUGUAAAAGCAAUUUCAUUUAUCGAAUUUGUUCUGGGAAUAGACAGAGCAAUGCAAGUAACAAUAAAUGUUAAAAAUAUUAUGGAUUAUUUUGAAGCAAGUCUUGUAAAAUUAAUAUCACAUAUUGAUUACAAAGUUUAUAAAUUGUUCAUGCCUGAGGCAUAAAAUAGGCGCUUUUAGAUAGCCUUUGGAAUAAAAAGUAUCGUAAGUAACACGCGACUUAAAGGCUGCCAAUUUAUUCACAAAAAUCACCGUAAAUAAAUGUCUGCCAUUACGUACCUUGUUGCUUAAUAUACUAUUUCCAUUACCUAACAUAGUUAGAGAAAAGCGUAAAUCCGUUAAUCAUCGUUAAUUAACUGAGUUAGAAUUUUCGUUAACGAUUUAACUUUCAAGUUAAUUUUUAAAACCUUUAACUUUAAACAAGAAUAUUUUUUUUGCAACACUAACCUGUAAAAUUGAAUUUUACACACAGAAAACUGUGUGUAAAGUACUUCUUUUUAUAGCGGUGUGUAAAGUGUUACUUUACACACCGCUAGCAGUGUGUAAAGUGAUUUUCAGUGCGUAAAAAGGUUACUUUACGCAUUCUUGUGACUGUUUGAUGAGAAACAAUGAAAUAAUGCUUUUAAUUAACAAUUUACAAUCACAUUUUUUUAUUUUAGCUUCUAGAAUACUUCAUUUAACAGUUCCCCACUACACCUAAAGUUACAGUAAUAUUAGCAAUAUUGCUGCAAGUAUAGUUGUUUUAGUGUUGCAAAAAAUUUUGUAUGGCACUCGUGCGUAAAUCAGAUUAUACUUGUGUGACUUGCAGCACUCGCCUUCGGCUCGAGCUGCAAACGUCACACUCGUAUAAUCAACGAUUUUACGCACUUGUAUCAUAAAUAACUAUUUCAGUGUCCUACUAUAAUUUGCAUUUUUUACAAAAAAAAUAUUUCUAUAUAGAAAAAAUCAAUUCUUAACUAGUUCGUUUUGAUAUAAGCAAAAUACUAUUAUAAUAAUAUUACUUCUAUUAAAAUUUUACAUAUGUAAAGAGGCAUUUAAAUAACACCUAUCGUUCAAAAAAAUCGAUUCGAGUUGUUAUCAAGCCGAACCGAGACGGGUUCUAGCUUUCAUGAUGUAUCGAAAACUCGAUUGUUUUCAAAUUCUCGAAUUUGUUAAAUCUAAUGCCAGAUACGUAAACAGCAAUCUUAACAUUGGCUUGACAGCUUCAACAACCGUUUUCUCAAAAACUUUUUUUUUAUGACGAAGGUACCUUUAAACUUUCCGAAAAAUAGUUCAGAAAUAAUAAUAAUUGAGGCCUUGGAUCCAAUAACUCGCCCGACGCUCGAAGGCACGCGCUAAUAC